UCCAAGUUCGUAGUCUUGUGUUGUUUCACGAACCGUAAUCACGAAGUAUCGAAUUAUUCCGAUAGAAAAUUUGUUCAAAACAAAGUUUGGAACGUCCAAAUAACACUCAAUUUAGUGCUAAGUGAACUGUGGAAUUUUCAGGAAUUUGAUAUUGAACAAAGUUUACGUACGGACGACGAUAUGAGAGAAAUUCUCUUAAAUUUCUGAACAGAUAUCCCGUGGUUAUAUCAAUUCCUGGAAUUAUGUGCAUCACAGAAGAACAUAAAUAAACCUUGAACUUGAUUUUUCCCAUGAUGGCCCAUUUAAGGCAUACGUUUCUAAUUUGUCUGAGUCUUUUUGUAAAUACAAUAGCGAGCAGUACCCAUUGCGGACCAGGCAUUACCUCGGCUGGAUAUACAUAUCCAGCAGGAGAUAUCACAUUGAGAUAUGGAGAGGAUUUAGAAAUCAUAUGUGUCCUAAAUGAAAAAGGCAUAAUCGAAUAUGGGCCUAAUGCAAGUGACCAAAUGUAUUACAUGCUGAACAGAAAGCGAAUGCCUGUGGAAAAGAUUAAUUCAACAGCUAUAAGAUACUACAUCAGAAACCAUCCAAAAACAAACUGGAGUGAUUAUGUGUGUAUGAUAAACGGAUCUUUGGUUUGCCAUAAUGUCGUCGUGGUAGGAAUACCUCCACAAAAGGUCACAGACUUCAAUUGUAUGGGAAAAAAUUUAGAAAGCUUUACAUGCGAUUUUACGCCCCCUAAUAAUUGCGUUACUACAAGUUACCGGUUAUUGUAUUUUUUGAAAGCUGGCAAUACAAGGUAUAAUAAACAAAAGCAUCGCUUAAAGACUGCACGUAAUACUACCAAUAAAAAGGCGAAUAUAAGAAAUGAGCGGUCAGCGUACGAGUGCCCAAAAGAAAUGUUACCAAAUGCUAAUUCAACCAAGCUAUCGUGCACUUGGAGUAUAACUACUGAUCCUCAAUAUAGACAUUCUUGGCCAGGAUUCACUUUUAGACUUAUCGCAAAUAAUACUUUCGGCACCAAUAUUAUGGAAUUUCCUAUCGAAAAUUUCGCAAAUACUCGUCCUGAUCCCCCAGUAAAUUUAACUGGGGUAGCCACCGGCUCUGACAAAAUACUAAUACGAUGGGAUGUUCCAACAUAUAUACAGGUCAAAGAAGAAAAACUUGUUCAUAAAAUUAGUUGGUGUAUGGAGCAUUAUAAAAAUUGGACAACUAAAGAAUUACGAUUAAGAGGAACAAAACUCAAUUUUACACUUAACAAUCUCCCUUAUGCUCAUUGGCUUUACGAAAUUAAAGUAUCUACGAAAAUGGAAGAAGCCACGGAAGAUAAAAUGUGGUCAAAAGAAUCUAUCAUUAUUGUAAGGACACUAUCCAAAAUUCCUGACAGCCCUCCAAAAACAAUUGAAGGAAGUUUUGAAUAUGUGGAACCCACAAGGAGUCGUUUAGUAUGCUGGCAGCGUCUUAAGAGAUACCAAGAAAACGGGAAUGAUACCUCGUACGUUCUGGAAGGUGUCGGUGACGAUACUUUAAUUGAGCCGUUGACGAUACGCGACAGUAACUGCUUAAAGUACGACAAUUUGCCAGAUACCAACUAUACGUUUAAGAUUUGGGCAAAGAACGAAGUGGGAAUGUCAAAAAAUUAUUCUACCGUGUUUUUCCCGGCUACUAGAUAUGUUUUAAAACCUGUAGUUAAUUUUGUAAAAAGUGAACAAUCCAAUGGGGUUUAUUUGCUUUGGUGGAGAAAAAGCGACGAUGAAAGGGUCAGAAGCUACACCCUGUUCUGGUGUUCUGCUCAAAAGGAAUGGCCUUACACAUGUGAUGGAUCAUUAAACUGGAAAACGUAUUCUCCUGAAAUAAACAAUGUGACAUUAAAACUAGACACUUACGAUUAUGUUAACAACCAGAGUAUUAACAUCUACCACUUCGCUAUUUCGGCAAACGGAGCCGGAUCUAGUACUGGCAUGCUUUGGGCGGCCUGCUCGUAUAUACCUAAAAACGGAGUUAAAUUCUCCCAACUUUACGUUGAGAGUGCUACUGCAAGAUCUCUAAGUAUUCACUGGAUGCUUAAAUGCGUCAAACUUGACGAUGUUUUGAGUUUUAAUGUAAGUUAUUGCCCGUCGGCUGAAGGAGAAACGAAUUGCUUACCAAAUAGCUUGAGAUAUACCAAAAUUAAUGGUAGACCCGAGAAAAAUGAAGGCAACUUUGACAUUGUGGGACUAAAACCCUAUACGACAUAUAUCAUUUGUGUGAAACCAGUAAUCCAAGAUGCAGAAAGCCAAUUUAGUAAAGCUAUGUUUAAUCACACCAAACCAGAUUAUCCAACAGUGCCUUUGAACUUAAACGUUGAUGUGGAAGAAAAGCAACUAACGAUUAGAUGGGAUAAACCUGAAGAAGAAAAUGGUCAUACGUCUGUAUAUAAAUUAUCACUUAAUUCCAUUGAUGAGCUAAAUGUACAAAGUGAAAAAGAUAAGCAACAUUAUGAAGUAACAAUUAAAAAUAACAUACUACCUAGACAUCAUUAUGUUGUUGGCGUACAAGCUUGCAAUGAAUUAUUUUGCUCCAAUCGGACUAUACGAAGUGUAAAAACGCCUAUAGGAGAUCCCGGUCAAGUUGCCCUGCCAAGUUGGAACUUCAACAAUAUAACUAAAAUGGCAAGAUUGAACUGGGAAAAACCUGGACCUGCCGGUGUCAAGGUAGAUUACUAUGAAGUUAAUGUUGGAUCUGAUGAAACCCAUGAGAAAGUGAACGCAUCGUCUUCCAAAAUGUUUUAUGAAGUCAGUACUUGUGUGGAAAAUAAAUCAGAAAGGGAGCUGAAAGCUAAGGUUCGGGCAAUUAAUAUAAGGGAAGAUGGAAAAUUACUUCAUGGAAGUUGGAGCGAACUAGCCACGGCUCCCUGCGAUUCAGCCGAUAGUUCCACUUAUUGGGGCUUGCCAAUCAUUAUUUUGUCGGUAGUUUUUUUGGUAGUCCUCUUGGUGUAUGCAGCUAGAAUGACGUACUACAAAGUACGAUCCAUGUGUAACUACCCAAAAGUGUUACUUCCGCCUGAACUUAAUAACGUAAUAGGUAAAUUCGAUCAAGGGAAGGAAAAACUUCCCGAUGAAAUGUUACCUGGUGAGCCUUUACUACCAGAGAAGAUAAUGAGACCGAUAAAUCCUAGUGGAGAUACAAGCGGAUGCUGUUCUGGAGCUGAAAGCGUAUCAUCGGUAGAAUCUGGAGGAGUUGUAUCGUUGGAUUCUGGAACGAGUCAGAUGGGGUCACCAAAUCUUGACGCAACAGAAUCCAAAGAUGUUGCGUUAAGGCAGCGACCAAAUGUUAAGAAAGGGUACGUAACUAUGUCGGACCUUUCCGAAGCUCCCUGGGCAACCAAGCCGCCUCAAACAGGCUAUAGCAGCGUAGGAAUUUUAGCACCUCCCAUGGAGUUAGAGUACACAUCAUUAGCUGACAUUACACCCAAAUCUUCGUAUGUACCUUUUGCUGAGGCGGUGAGUGAUCCCGCUCCGGCGUCUUCGGGAUACGUCCCCCAUCUAACGCAAGAGCCAGCAUCUAAAAAUACACCCUACGUCCUUGCUGGACAGCCUACUCCUGCACCACCAAAAUCCACAAAGUUUUCUCCCAUACUUCCUGUGUAUACUUUAAAUCAGGAAGAAUUAACAGGUCCGUAUGGAACAGGAAUGCUCGACUGGCAACCCGAAGCUAUUAAAGAGCCCGUUCCCAGUUCUGGGUAUGUAAUGGUAGGAGAAACCAAACCACUCCAGAAGCCAGACAUUACGAUGCCAAGGGUAACCAAUAAAGGAUAUGUGCCCCACAAUAUGAAAUUACAGGAAAGUGUAAAAGCUCUCAAGGAAGAUUAAACAAUAGUGAGCUGAAAGACUUUUAAAAAAACUCCUGUGCUUCGAAACCAUAAAAUCCUUUUUAAAUGUUUUGCCUUGUUUUUAAAAUUUUUAACACGUUUAAAGAUCUGGUUAGGUUAAGAGGUUAGCGGAACCCUGCCAGAUUAUGAGCAGGUUGUCAAAGUGCCAAUUUCUUCUUAAAUGUGAGCCAUAUUUUGCACAAUUACUGUAUCUGUGAUGGAAUUUAGGAAAAUAAAAAGGUUUUCUGCGAAGUGGCCUAAUAUAUAGGAAGGAUUGCAUUUCGCGCAAAACGUGAAAGCAUUGUAUUUAUUUUUUUUAUUUAGGUGUGGCACUAAUGAACAAUUAUUACUUUUUGGAAUCCCUUUUCUAUAAAAACGGCGAACAAAGGUAAUUACGUUAAUAUAGAAAUCAUUUUAACACACAAUACUGAAGAUUAGAAACCAAGACAAAAAUCGAAAUGGAUUGAGAUAUAAUAUUGGCACAAAAUAAGAAUAUUAAUAUAUGAAGUUUAGGACGAAAUUAAAUAAGAUUUUGGCGUUUACGAACUUGGUAUGAUAACAUCAACUAAAAUAUUAUAAAACGCCUUUAUGUCAAGCUCUCUAUAUUAUUCAAGGAGGAUAAGCAAAUAUGUAUUUAUUUUAAAGCCACCUUAAAAUGAUUCAUUUUAGCAGUAUAAAAUUUAGGUUCGUUAAUAUUCAUUGACAGAACCAGACAUAGUUAAUGGAACAUGGAACCAAAUUCAAAAUCAGAACAGAUCAGAAAAUGUAUAAAGCAGGAAAAGAAAAAAUUAUUCUUGCUUCACUGCUGUGUGUUAUGGUAAACCUUUAUCUUUCUUUUUUUUAAAACUUGGAGCUUCAUUUUCAGGCCUCUUUUCCGCACGGAAUUGCAUAAUACACAAUUUUGUCUGGGCUUACUAUAAGGGUGUCUUAUGUGUUUAAGCACUGUCAUUAAUUUUAACACAACUGUCGCUGGUUGGUCGAUGAGGUAUCUCAUAAAUGUCGUGUCAUAAUAAAUUAUUAAUAAUUUGUAACGAAAAAGUUCAAUUUAAGGUAAAUUUUUAGCAAAGCAAGCAUUUAAUUUUCAUUUUAAUCAUUUUGUUCGUCCGAAAGGAAUUUUAGCAGAAAUGGAACCAUUUUUAUUGUAUAACAUAUAUUUUUUAAAUUUCAUUAUUUCGUCAUGCAUUUAUCAAAAACUGUUCAGAGCUCUUGUUUAGUUAAUUAAAUUUUAUUCUCUAUUUUACUUAAAACGUUCUUCAUAUUUCGGUUAUCCUAUUAGAGCUUUUAGAGAAUCCGAAAAUAAAAGUCGAUAAACCUACAUCAUUAAAAUAAUAACAAAUAUGAAGAUUAAUUUCAAAAAUAUUAUGAACACACUAACAUUACAUAUGAUUUUAAACAUUUCUGACAAAAAAUCCACCGGAUUUUGUUUAUAUUGUUUAAAUGCUGUGUCAGGUUAAAUGGAUCACCUGGUAUAAUAAUGUUCUUAAGCAUUAUUUAAAAAAAUUAUAUUUUGAUCGUUGAAAAAAAUAGUAUUAUAUCAUUUUUAAGAAAAAAAUAAAAAAGUUAUCUUUAAAAUUGAUAUAAUAGGGGCGCUAUGUUUGUACUUUCCGUGCUACACAGAAUAACUUAUCAAACAUGUUAUAAAAUGUCACAACAAAAAAUAUUACGACCUUUUUAACGAGAUUACUGGUAGUGAAAUUGAUAUUUCAUUGUGCGUGUAUGCUCCUUGUCUUAGGUCACUUCUUUAAACAAAAUUGAGCUUUGACAACAGAAUUUGUUUGUGUUGUUUUUGUAAAUAACUUUCUAAGUAUUUAUGACAUAUUUCUCUAAAUAUUCCUUAUUUAAGAUUUUUUUGUAAAUAUAAUUUUUAUUUUAGGGUUGGCGUAGGUUUUUAAGUGGUUUUAUAUUAAUUUAUCGCAAUUGGCUGAGUGCUUUUUUGUAUUUUGUUUUUUAACAUUAUUUUUUUCACAGAUUUAAUACUUCUUUUAAUUUUUGAUGUCGGGCCGUUUGACACAAUCGCAUUUUCGCCCUCAAAAAUGUUAAAAAAAUACUUUUGUUACCUAACAUUUCAAAUGACUGAUGAUUUCAAACAAAAAUUUGAUGAUUUACAAUAUGAUAGAGUCAAACGACCUGUAUAAGUAAUUAUUCAUUUAUAUCUGUAAAUAUUAAGAUCUGUUGAAAGAACGAGUAUUAUGUGGAAUAUAAAAUACAGGGUAACACACAGCAAAUUUUUUCAGUUUUGUGGCUUAAACUCCGACUGAUAAAAAGUUUUAUUUCACAAGCGUUAUGUGUAUGCGGUUUCAAAACCUAUAUUAGCUGUAAGUGUCUAAUCAUUAAGUUUUGACCUAUUAUCUUGUAAAUUUACAAAUCAUCGCCUUGCAUACAACGCUGUUGAAAGACUCAGAAUUUAUCAUUUUUACACCCCCAGGCAAGUAAUGUAAUAUAAUGCCGCGAUAAUUUAAAUGUUUUUCUUUUAGUUAUUUUUCCAGAAAAUUAUGUAAAAUACAUGUAUUUAGUAACCAUCCAAAACAAGACAUUUUUUAAAAUUUUCAAAUAUUUACGGUAUCUUUAACCUGUAUUGUAAACUACAUCCAUUAGAAUGCGGCUCGCGAUAUGCUUCAUAGUACAAAACCUAAAUUUAUUACGACUAACUUUAAAGUAUAUGAGGGAUAUACUGCUAUGACAAUGUUAAAUUUAAAUAUCGUAUUUAUUUUGGAUUUUUAGUAUUACAUUAUACGCUUAAUCAACUAGUGAUGAAUAUUUUUAUCAGCACUUUUUCGAUCUCCAUAUACGACACAUAACUUUAGACAUAAGGUCAUACAUACAUUGCUUGCCCCCUUUAGAUAUAGAUUGCAAAUGUUACGUGACAUGAAAAAUCGGUAGAAAUUAUGUUAUGGUUAGAAAACCAAAUAAACAUAUUCAAAUAUUCUAAUAAAGGUGUGUAAGCCUAUUCAAAAUUUACUCUUUUUCCUAAGUAAAGGCGGCUUUUUGUUACCUUAAAAUUCUAGAAGUAACUUAAAAAAAUCGAAACUGAGGCUUUCCGGUGGUAUCAAAUAAGACCAUAAAAACGAUGGGAUGUGCAAAGAUAACCCAAAAAAUCCCCUUUCUCUUUCUGCUCAACAAACUCUUCUUGAAUAUUGCCAAGUAACAUAAUGUAUCGUAACAGAAAAAAAAGUGAACAGUAGUUGGGUGUGAGUUAUAUAUUAAUUUUUAAAGGUUCAUUUAAAUCCAUUGAAUAUUCUUAUUAGUUUCUUAUAUUUAUUUGUGCUCAGAAAAACUAGUUUUUCAUAAUGUUUAUUUCUGAUUAAAAUUUUAUUGCACUGCAGAAUAUGAAAUCGUCUGAGUAAAUUCAGUAAAUAUUCAUAUAUUUAUAAUGCUUUUGUUUGAAAUUUUCAUAAUAAGGUUCAUUUUAUGAAAUAUAAGAAUAAGAUUCGAUAGUUUCAUAAUAACAUAUACUAGUGGAGCUUUAUUAUUUGUAGUUCAUAAAAUUAUUUCUUGAAAUCCUGAGAAAAGAAUAAAUAAAAGAAUAAAAAUGUCUUAAUUUUAUUUUGCAAAUGACUUCUUUAAUAUAAAAAAACCAAAACCCAACGAUAUUAAAGUUGAUUUGUGGAUGCUAGAACAUGUUCAAAACUUCUAGAUUUUAUUACAAUAUGCGUUAACAAAGGGAGAAUUAAAAGUUAUACUAAUGUUAUCUUGAUUUCUUUUAUAACAUGUAUUGAUUAAGAAAACUUACAUGAUUUCGUAAUUAAGUAAUUUUAUAAAGUUACAUCUAGGUGGGUCCAAUCGACAUUUGUCAAGCUUUACAGGAAGCGGCCUAUAAAACAUGUAGAUUUAAAAUAACCUUUUAAUUAAAAUAAAAUUCUUUUACUUAGAGUUUUGACGUUUUAGAUUUGUUUUAAAUAUCGAAGUUAGAAUCUUCCAAUGAAGUGGCGCAUAAUUCGUGCAACGAAUAUUGUAAAUUUCUUUAGGAAAUACGAACUGUCUGUGAUAAAUUCAACUUAACAUGCCCACCUUAGAUGUAACUGCUAAGUUCAUGUAAAUUAUGUAAGAAAAUUUUUCAUUCGGCAUUUUGUGUACAGGUCGAUACAUCAUUAAAAAUAUUAAACAUUUAGUGCAAUAGUUUUUCACAAUAAUAUUGCUUUAAUAUAUGAUGUCUUGCCCCAGAUUCUUUUCACAUAUUAGGAUUAAAUUUUAUGUAAGAAAUGUCUAUAUUUUUAGAUGAUAUACUAGGUAAGCAGCUGUUAUGGGUUAGUCGAAAUUACAGUUGGUUAAGCAUUUUGGAAUUGAAAUACCAAGCAGCUAUAUAAUAAAAAACAACACCGAACAAAUUAGAUGUUAACAUAAUAUUUUAAAUUAGGUAACUGUAUUCAUGUCCAGUAAUAUUAGAAUCUGUCUUUAUGCAGUGUUCCUCUUAUAUUUAAUAUUUUUAUUUAAAUAUAUUUGUGGUACUUGCUGUAAUGAGUACCACUAAAAAUGUU